AUGUUCUUCUCGAGAGCAAUUAUUAGAUAAAUAAGAUGGUAAUCUUUCUUGUUGUUUGUGUGUGCUGAACCAAUUUCUUUUUAUAAUAGAUCUAACUUCAUUAAUUAGCAUUACAGAAUUCCUAUAAAAAAUGAAAUAUUUAGAUAUUUAUUUUUCAAUCAAAGUAUAAUAUUUUCAACGUUUAUGAACAAUCAAUUAAUUGGUUAUCUUCUGAACAAUUAAGAUCCUAUAAGCAUAAUUCUUCUUCAUCAUCAGAUUCUAUACUUGUAAUACUUAAUCUUUAAUUAACUCUUGUUAAUUUAACUUCCAUUGAACUUUAUUCUCUAAUUUCCAGUAUCGUUCUUAGACUAGGCAGCGGCUUUUACUUUCCAAUCUAUUUAAAUUUUGCUUUUUCAUUAACAAACCAAUGAUGAUUAUUUAGAUCUUAUAAAUCCUUUCGUUUAAGAGGAUCUGGUUGAAUUAAAUAUCAUAAUAAAUCCAUCUAAGAAAUGCUUAAUAUUGAUUUCUCUUACAAAGCCUAUUCUUAUCUCAACCUUAGAAAGGGAAUUAAUCAUUUUUUUAAGGAAAUUAAACAUUCCAUAAUUUCAUUUCUGGAGGUACCCAUUACUUUAGCAGUUUCUUUCUAAUUUAAGCAACUCCUAUUUCUUCCCUGUAUGUAAAAUUAAUCAAUACUAUUUUUAACUAUUCUAAAGAAGCAGUUCUCAAUAGAAUUAUAUUCUGAGGAGUUAUCUAAGCAUGAUAUAAAAUUUGCUUAUGCAAAAAUUUUGCAAAUUGUAUCAACUAAAAAUUAUGCUUGAUAUUAAAUAGAAUUCAAUACUAAGCCCUAAGCAAGCAAGGAUGUUUUAAACUCAUCAAUAUGUUAACUUCAUUCAUUAUCUUUUAAUGCAGUAAAGAAUAAAUAAGUUUAUCCAACCUUAAGCACUAAAUUCUCAUUAUUCAAUUCUAGUCUUUUAUAUUGAACAAGUAGAAAGAAUUAAGAAUUAUUUAUCCUAGAUAAUCAUAUUAGGAUAUAACUCCAAUUUCUACAAUACAAAUUUUUCAAAUUCUAAAUUGAAUGCGUAAAUCUCAGUUUAUAGAAGAUAAUCAUUUUACAGUAGAACUUUCGGUAAAGGCUUCAUAUUGGAUUAUUGCAAUUCAAAACUUAGAAAAAGCAUCUGUAAAAUUUAAGAGCCAUCCGAAGUCAUAAGAGGAAUCGUGAUUUAUAUAGGUGUUCUAUUUUCUUUUUUAUAUUUGCAUAAAUUAAUAUAAGUAAACAAGAUAUUAUAGAUUAUUUAAAUUUAGAAUUCUUUUGAUUGCUAAGUUUACCUUUUUUAUUUAAGAAGGUUUAAAAACAACCACUACAUUACAAAAAAAACGAAAAAAAAAACCUCACUUUUAGAUUGA